UCUCCAUGCAAGAUUUGUUUGUUAACGGAUGUGUUUGAGGAACCGGACCAGAAUCGCUCCAAGAAAGUACUGGAAUUGCGUCCUGUCAGCAAGCCGGCCAGACAUGACUCGAUGACACUAGAUUGGUUUGACUUUGGCUUAUUAAAGGGGGGAAAUGUACAUGUUUUUUUUGCGUUUAUAGGAGUAGCAGGCUCGCCGUCUAUAGUUUCUCACCGGCUUCAUUAGCUUAGCAAGCUAACUAGCGAGUUAACAGCUGCGGUACCCUCUCGAAAAUGCGUCUGGAGCCUGUAUGGAGGUCUUGUAUUUGUUUGUUUGUUUAUUUAUGUCACUGACUAAUAUGUAUUCAAGCAAGUAUAUUGUGUAUCAGUAGUAGGUUCCCCAAGAUGAAGUGACAGAGGAGGUGGUUGCGUUAUGUCUAGAAUUAACCUUACAACCAAAACGUCCACGUUAGGUCCUUCAGUCAGAUACGUAGUAGAAAGCGGUCAGCGGUGACGCUGACAACAACAGAGUGGGUUUCUUUAAGCGAUGUGUUCUCUUGUCACGAGAUGAGUCUUGUGAACGAUUCGGUGGAGGCAGGGAUGUCGUCAGUCCAGUCGGGUCUGGACGGACACCUGCCGCUCUUACACGCCCGACACCACGGCUCUCAGGACGGGUUAAUGUUGGACCUGGACUCCCCGGAAGCGUUCAUGGACAGCAGCUCGCUGGACUACAGGGACAUCGACGGGAACAACGGCAGUCCGGUUUUCGAAAGCAGAAAGAGGUCCAGGUCCAACAGCUCCAGGCACAGAUUCAACGAGGUGGUCACGGAGCUGGUUCCGGAGGAGGUUCGGUGGUUUUACAAAGAGGACAAGAAAACAUGGAAGCCUUUCCUUGGACACGACUCGAUAAAAAUUGAGCGGAUGUUUCGGAAAUACUGGGAGCUGAAUCCUGGUGCGAUCCGCGCCAGGGUUGGCAGCUGUGAAGAGGAGUGCGGCGGUAAAAGUGCGGAGAGCCCCGGACUGAACGGCUCGGCGCCCGUAGAAACCGGGACCAGCGCGGGGAGCGAAGCAAGCGAAGGCCGCGGCUUUAUGGAUACAUCCAGCGUGUCUUUUGAUGAGAGAGACCCAGACUGCUUUGAGAUGAACGUGGAGCCUGUUUGUGUUCGCGGAGGGCUCUAUGAGGUUGACAUAUUAGAGAGGAAAUGCUACCCUGUCUAUUGGAAACAACAAGACCAUAUCCCUGUGAUGAGAGGCCAGUGGUUUAUUGAUGGCACCUGGCUCCCUAUAGAGGAAGAGGAGAGUGACCUCAUUGAACUGGAGCACCUGAACCAUUUCCGCGGGCAACAGAUGCAGGACACAUUCGAGUCAGAUUUGGUGGUCAAGACCGUUGACAGCAAAGAUGUUCUCUCCCACCUGCCCCCUUUCUACCUCCCCUUUCUGUUCAAAUGGAGUGGAUAUCAGACGAGUGCUAAAACUACAUGUCACAAGCGCAAACGAUGCCAAGCCAUCCACAGUUUUAAGCUGAGUCGAACACAUGUGGAUUGGCACAGCGUGGAGGAGGUCUACCUUUACAGCGAUGCUACCACUUCUAAAAUUGCUCGCACUGUCACCCAAAAACUGGGAUUCUCCAAAGCCUCAAGCAGUGGCACACGGCUCCAUCGAGGGUUUGUUGAGGAGGCCUCACCAGAAGACAGACCACCUCACACUACACACGUUGUCUUCGUGGUGCAUGGAAUUGGACAGAAGAUGGACCAGGGACGCAUAAUUAAAAACACUGCAAUGUUAAGGGAGGGAGUCAGGAAGAUGGAGGAGAAGCACUUUGCAGAGCACAACGAUGAACAUGUGGAAUUCCUACCUGUCGAGUGGCGGUCCAAACUCACUCUAGAUGGAGAUACGGUAGACUCGAUCACGCCAGACAAAGUGAGAGGACUACGAGACCUUCUCAACAGCAGUGCCAUGGACAUCAUGUACUACAACAGUCCACUUUACCGAGAUGAAAUAACCAAGGGCCUCACAGAGGAGCUGAACAGACUGUACUCGCUCUUCUGCUCACGGAACCCUGGGUUUGAGGAAAGGGGUGGCAAAGUGUCUAUUGUGUCUCACUCCCUUGGCUGUGUCAUAGCCUAUGACAUCAUCACAGGGUGGGAUCCCGUCCACUUUUGCCUGCAGGAGCUGUGUGCAGUGGAGGAAGAGCAGGACAUGCGCUGGAAGUCUUAUGAAGAGAGGCAAAUUUUAGAGGAGCUGAGGCUUUCGAAGAUCAGGUUGCGAGAACUGGAAAAUCAGCUUGUGAAACUGAAAGCCUCCAGACCUUCAGCGCCCCAAGCUCUCAAAUUCAAGGUGGAAAACUUCUUCUGCAUGGGUUCUCCUUUGGCCGUCUUCUUGGCCUUGAGAGGGAUUCGCCCUGGUACCAGCUGCCAUCAGGACCACAUCUUGCCUACUUCUAUCUGCAGCCGGCUCUUUAAUGUCUUCCAUCCCACUGACCCUGUGGCUUACAGGCUGGAGCCUCUCAUCCUUAAACAUUAUAGCAACGUUGCUCCUGUUCAGAUACACUGGUGUAGUGCCACCAACCCUACACACUACGAUGAGAUCAGGCCGACCUUCCUCAACCCAGUCAAAGAGUCAGCUUCAGACACCGAGAGCAUCCCCAGUCCCAGUACUUCUCCUGUCCUCCCUCGCAAGCACUAUGGAGAGUCCAUCACCAGUCUGGGCAAGGCCAGCAUCCUAGGAGCUGCAAGCAUAGGAAAAGGGAUAGGAGGCAUCCUCUUCUCUCGUUUUUCCCGCUCAAACAGCCAACCUUCAGUGUCUUUAGGCCUUGAGGGCGGAGCAAAUGCUGAGGAAGAGGAGGAAAAGCACUCAGAAAGCCAGUCAUCCUAUGGCCUCUCCAGUAUGACCCGGCCCACUUCUCCCACUAUUGAGUCAUUGGAGCUGGAGAGGCGUAUCGACUUCGAGCUCCGCGAGGGUCUGGUGGAGAGCCGCUACUGGUCGGCAGUGACCUCACACACAAGCUACUGGUGCUCACACGACAUAGCACUCUUCUUGUUGACCUUCAUAUAUAAACAGAAGGCGACGCCCGCUGCCCCAGCCGAAGACACUCCAGAAGCAGACUGAGGCAGCACACUGGUUACAACACAAACACACCUGAGAGGUGUUACAAAACACAUAAGGUCAACUCUGGAUGAAACUCCAAACUCUGACUUGGUUUAAUGAUUUAUUUAUUUUUUUCAUCCUUGCAAACUUCUCAAAUGAAAAACUUUAUUUCUUGAUGAUCCAGCUAUUUUACCAUUAGGGACUUAUUACAAUGAAAAAACUAAUUUAAAACUUCAAGAUGUCUUUUUUUUGUGUGUGUGUCUUUUUAAGUUUGUGCACAUUUGUACAUCCUAAGAGCCAGUAUGACCACAUCCGUGGAAACAAUGAGUUAGACGACUUCAUCUUGUGGAUUAUGUGUUCCUACGUUAACUCCAGCUGCUCUCACUCACACAGUUUGGAGCCCUGUGACUUUUGACUCUGUUGCAUAACUUUCAGUCACCAUUUUGUUUUCUUCAUAAAGAGGAGAAAAAUAAACACGUCUCGUAAGGGAACAUUUAGUUCUCUGAAAAUGCUAAUGCUAACAUGACGAUGAAUUGCCUUUUGACAUCUGCUUAAAAAAUAUUACUUGUAUGAAAACUACAGAUCAGUUUUUUUCACACCGUCCAAAAAAAUAAUAAUAAAAGGGCACAAUCCCUUUAAUAAUUGAAUGGCAAUAUAAGAAAGGAAGUGUUAUUUUCAGCUUCCCACACUUUUGAGAUAGUUAUAAACCAAAUAAAACCUGAAGUAAGCAUG